AUGAACAUUGCCAACGACGUGGUGGCCUGCAUACGCGAGCAGCUCUUCGACCUGAUCCUGCGCGACACGCUGCUGGUGCAAACAUACGAGGAGCGCAUCAUCACCGCCUCGCUGCAUGUGUCCGAGCUGGCGGCCGCCGUGACGGGGUCUGUCCUGGCACACCCCCUGAUUGAGGCUCUCUUUGAUCACGUCUGUUUUGAGGGAGUGGCCAGUGGCAGCGCGGCCGCCCCGGCCAUUGGUCCGCCCCCGGCUUGCACCUGCUGGCAGCACGCCGUCGACCUGGACUCCGAGGCCAUGAUCUCCGAAUCGCAGGCCAACUCCCCGGAGGCCUCGGCCCUGGAUUUUGCCUUCAUGAGCCCCCUGGCCCUCGCGCAGACGGUAUUUACCCGACGCCUGCGCAGCCGCAAUCCCCAGGUGGCCGCGGCCACCGUGCGCUUGGUAGACCAGCUCCUUGGCAUGUUCAGCUUCUGUGUCCUGGAGCGGCUGAUCCUGGCGCCUCCCUGCCCGGCGGCUCGGUUUGGCCAGUGCCAGGGCCGGGCCAAUUCCGGCCAGCGCGGGCCCUCCAACGAUUCGCUGGCCCCCUCGGCCUCGGUGGACAACUGCCCGGCGUCUCCCUCCUCGCCCUUCCAUUUGGCCGCGCCGGAUACCUCCUCCAACCUGGAGGAGACCCUGGUCAUGGCCGGGCCGAGUCUCCAAUCGCAGCUGUGGAUUCGUGUGGUCCUGUCCAUCUUCCCGGACCUCCUUUCGCAACAGACCUUCCUCACGGAGGUGGCCCAGCACCAUGGGUCCCUUCCGGCCGAUGAGCAUGGGCAAAUUUCCCACCCGGCCACCUUCUCCCGGGCCCCGGGCCAGGAGGUCCCCUAUGAUGACUACUUCCUCGGGGUCUUCGACCUGGAGCAGCGUGUGCGCCACCUUUGGGCCGACAGCCCGUGGGUGGUGAAUCCCCUGCCCUCGCGGCUGCAAAUCAGCGGCGUGAGCACCGCAUCGGGCGAGGCCGCCCCCACCACACCGGUGGCGGCCGAUGCUCCCAGCACGCCCUCGCGCGCGGGCCCCCCUGCCCCGUUGACCAUCGGCCUGUCGCCAAGUGGCCAGGUGGCCGCGACACCGGCGGUAUCGCGUGAGGCUGCCGAGCAGGCGGCGCGCCUGCGCCCGGUCGGGCCCCUGCUGCCGGCGCUGCUAUCGCUGCUGAAUCGCGCGCCAGACCAUUCCCCGGCCAUGCUCCUGUCCUUGACCAGCUGCAUCAGCCGCAUGGCUCUUUACCCGUGGCCCAGUGUCCAGCGGAGCAUCUUCGCCCUGACCGGCGACCUGGCCACCGCGCUGGGCGCCCUGCAGGAGCAAGUCCGUGCCUCUCAGGCGGCCGACCCGGCUCAGCGUCUUUCUCCAACACAGCUGGAGCUCAUGCUCGAUGAGAUCGCCAUCCCCUCGAGCGGGUUUGGCCUCUCGGGAACCGGGCGUCCGGACGAGCCGCGCACCCUCCUGUCCACCCUUCAGACGUUGGGCAAACUCCUGAGUGCCCUUGGCGAGCAGGUCCCGAGUCUCCACCGCCGCCCUGACCAAGAGAAUGAGAACUCCCCCUCGGCCCAGCUGAUCAUCUCCUUCCUGAAGCUCUGCAAUGCCCUGGCCCGCAAGCUCUCCCGACACCCGGUCCUCACGUCGGUCUUGAUCAUCCGGACUUCCUCGCUGGGCAUCAACCGUGAGCCGUCGCUCGGUACACUGCAGGGGUCUCCAAUCGCACCGACCUCGCCCUUCCGCCGGGUUGCAAAUGGGGUGCCCCUGGUGGAGUCGAUGAUCGUCGACGAUGUGGCCAACUCUGCCCUGGGCCUUUGCUGCCAGGUGGUUGUGGAGCACAUCAAUUCCACUGGCAAGCGUGGCCAACUUGCGCGCGAGUCUCUCCUCUCGCUGAUUAGUCUGACUUCAGUGCCGGAUAUCCACCACUUCUUCCGCAAUGACCUGAUGCUGCCUAUGCGCCUAGCUGAGGUGGGCGUGCUGCUUUUCUGUCGCCUCCCCUCGCGCCUGGAGCCCUCCCCCUCUGGCAGCCCCUCACUGGCAGCAGCCAAUCGCGCUGGAGCCCCUGCUUCCGAUAGCUCGCCCCAGGCGGCCACCGGAUCGCCAGGCCUCGGCCCCAGUCUUCCCGGUGCCUCAUCCUCGGUGGACUUCAUGCUGGAUUUGGCUUCCUCGCCACUGCGUGCCUUCAUCAGCUACAUCCGCUACCUAAUUGCCCUUCUCGAGUCGCCGGAGGUGUCCGGUCCCGAGUCUCCACCGCCGCGUGGCCUCAUCUCCCAGGGCCUUCUAGAAGACCAUACACAUGCCCAGUACCACAUCUGCCUUGUCAUGGUUAUCCUGUCGGAGUUUUGCAAGGAGAUCGCCGCCACAUAUCUCCUGUUGUCCUCGGUGCACUUCAACAAUCAUCAAUAA